AAAUUCGAACAUUCGACUCAAUUCGACUACAUUCGAGCAAUAUUUCGCUUGUGUGUUCACUUGUGUUUCGCAAUCCGCAGUUGUAACAUUGCAGUUACAAAUUACAUAGUGUCUUGUGAUUUGUGAUACCGGCUUUUUAAUACUUCCCACUUUAGUUAAUAAUAACUCUAACCUGUGAUAUUAUUUUCCGCAUUUGAAGAAAUCAGUUCUGCUAAAAAUAUCGAAUAGUGAUAGAAAGAUUUACGUUGCAAAAUUGCUAAGUUCUCUUCAUUUCCUCUAUGCACAACGAAUAAUAACGAAGACGAUCAUCCAGUGGAGAAGAUCAUCAUCGUCCCCACCGUACACGAAGUGAAAAAGAAAUGGACAAGCGAAGAGAAGCUUGGUUAAUACAACAAGAAAGGGAAAGAGAGCAUGAAGUGCGUAAACAAAAAAUGAUUUUGGAUUAUGAAUUAAAAAGAGCAGCAAUUCUGGGUUCUAAGGGUAGUUCAGAAAAAUUAUCGAAUCAAAAUCACAAGGAAAGCAGAAGCAAAUCUCGAGGUUUUGAAAGUUUGAACUGCAACCGGCCAAGGCGUGUUUCGAAACCUUCAGUUAUGUCGCGGAAGUUCGAAUCAGCUGGCGGAAAUACGUCGUUAUUUGCAGGUCCCGAAGAACUAAAAUUUAAUACAACAGAACUUCGCAGCAUAAAAGUGGAUAUACAUCGCAAUAUUCCUGGAGAAAUGGCUACAUAUUGCGAAAUUCAACGUGGAAUUGUUAAUCUUGAAGAAGUUAAAUUAAAAAGACGAGAGGAUGAAGGUGCAAAGCCGUUAUUUGAUCGAGAGGAGUUAAAAUUACGUGAAAGAACUACCAAUAACGAAGUGGAGGAGCGGCGCACGGUUAAAACAAUAGAUUCUGAAAGUUUAGGAAAAACGAACCAUUCAUUGAGAAAACUCUCUAGGUCUGUAAGUUCUUUGAGAAGGCAUGGACAAAGUACUUCAAAGGAUUCAAGUGGUGCUUCCAGGCAUGAAGCGCCUGUCCACGGGGUAGAAAAUAAUCAUCACAGGAACUGGUCAAAUGAAAGAGGUCGAAGUAGAGGACACGGGAGAAGGAACAGAUCCAAUGAUCCCAUAACACGCAGUUCAUUGCAUCUUUCAGAUACUAAGAAUUCAUCGGAAAGUAAAUCAUCUCGAGACAGGUCUUACUAUGCAGAAAGGAAACGUAGCCCGCAACAAAAUCGUUCACCUCAGUCAGAUAGAGAUGAUGAAGAACGUUAUCGAGAAUCUCAAGGAAGAUCAAGAGAAAACCGCAAAAGAGAAAGAUCUGUUGAAAGUCGUGGAAAAGAUAGGUCUAGAGAUGGAAGGAUGCCAACUCUACCACAUUACGUAGAGCAAGUCCCUGUUCCUGUUUAUUACGGUGUAAGACAUGCUAGUAUUAUUCCUUUAAAUGUGGAAGAAAUGGUUUCAAUGUCUGGAAACACGCGGGAAUUUGAUCUUUUUAUGAAGGAUCAGAUCAGGAAGUUUGGCAACAAGGGCUCUGUAGAUUCAACACCUGAUGUAUCGCACGUAGACCAACUGACCUUCGUAAUUAGAUAUGUCACUGACGAUGGUACUUUGGUAGAAUGUUUUUUGUUAUUCGUUAAGAAUUCCAGGUAUAAGAGGUAUGAAUUGGCAGAUGCAGUGGUUUCUACUUUGGAGGCUUUCGGCCUGAAAGUUAUUGACUGCAGUGGUCAAUCUUACGAUAACGCCACCAAUUGUUCAAGCAUGUACAAGGGUUUACAAACGCGAAAUCGCGAAAUCAAUGGUUUAGCUAUUUAUGCUCCAUGUGGUACUUACGCUUUGAAUUCGAGAUUUUUCAUGUCUCUGCGUAAUUUGUAUUCGAAAAUGCAAGUGUUAAAUUGUGCAGCUUUCCAUGCAGCUGAUGAUGUAAUAGCUAUGGAGUGCAACUUCAGUAGGAUUUCUACUUUUCCGUUUGAAAACUUCCUGGGAAAACUAACAAGUCUCAUCCGAACUCCAAAUCGUCCUCUUUCUCAAAUUUGUCGCAGAGUACAUGAGUUGAGUCUGACAGAUCCUCCAAAGCCAAAACUACCGCAUAAAAUUACGGUACUUACACUCGGAAUUAAUUCGAUAGUUUUUAACGAAAACCACUUCAAAUAUCCGCUACUCAAUUGUAUGAAUAAGUUUUCCAUUGAACUAGAAGAAAGAUGUGCAAAAUAUCAAGUUAUUUACGAAAACUUUGCCAUUAUCACUCAAUUUGAUAAGCUGGAAUCAAGUGAAUUUCGUGCAAAAUCAAAAUUACUCAGAGAAAUCUAUCACUCGGACAUUGAAUCUUCCUUGGACGAUGAUCAGUGCUACUUUGACAGACCACUACGCGAGCACCAAACUCCAAAAGAGUUAGCAGCAGACAGCGAUAUAGGAACGAAAUCAGUAUCCAGAAUCAUGAACGAAAUAGCCGUACUUCCAAUAAAAGAUACGGUUUUGAACUUCCGUCUACCUGGACUUUCCGGUACUUUCCGGUAUUUUCCGGUACAAACUGGAGAUGCAAGAAGCCGUUACGGAAGUCACAAACAAGAAGAAGCACCUCAGCUCCAGUUUAAAAUGUUCCGAAGCUGCUUAAGUUCCACUAAUAAUUAUAAAGAAAGCAAACAAUCAUCAUCCAGUAAAGAUCAUCAUCGUCGCAAUAGUACACGAAGCAAAGAAGAAAUAAGCAGAAGAAGAGAGGAGUGGUUAAUACUUCAAGAAAGGAAAAGAGAGCAUGAAAGACGAAAACAAAAAAUGAUUUUGGAGUAUGAAUUAAAAAGAGCAGCAAUGUUGGGUUCCAAGGAAGACUCAGGAAGAUCAUCGCAUCGAAGUCGAAGAGAGAGAAAAAGCAAAUCUCCGGAUCAUAGAAGUAGAGAUCAUAAAGGACAGAGUCGUCGCCAACCGUUUAUUUCGCAGAAGUUUCAAUCGAACGAUGGAGAUACUCAUUUACUUAAGGGUCCAAGAACAAUUAAAUUUGACUUAACGGAACUUCGUCGUAUAAGAGUAGACAUCCAUAGAAAUAUUCCUGGAAUACGUGCUACGAAUUGUGAACUUCAACGUGAUAUUGUUAAUCCUGAAGAGAUCAAACUGAAGAGACGAGCGGAUGAAGGCGUAAAGUUGAUAUUUGAUCGAGAAGAAUUGAAGCACCUAAAAAAUGUAACGUCCAUAGGAGAAGUAGAAGACCAUCAAACUGUAAGAACAGAUAGCGAAAGAUCAGGGGAAAAGAUUCAUUCAUCAAGGAGGUGUUCCAGAUCUCUGAGUCCGCCAAGAAUUCGUAAUAAUAGUGCGCAAAAAGUUUUGUUUUCUCACCGUUACAGAAAAAGAAAUCGUAGUACAGAUCCUGAAAAAAGAUUUAGAUCAAAUAAACCUGGCGAAGAUAAUUCAUUGUAUCGCUCAGACCGGAAAAAUAAUUCGUUAAAACGUAGAUUUUCUCGUGAACGAUCUUACUCUAUUGAACGAAGACGAUAUCCUCCUGCCCAAUAUCGAUCAUCCCGCUCGACCUGGGAUAAAAAAUACUGUCGAGGAAAAUCCAAAGAUCGACGUGAGAGACAAAGAUCUUCCCGAAACCGUGAGAGAGAAAAAUCUAAAGAUAUGAUGAUGCCUUCCUUAUCACAUUAUAUAGCACAAGUCCCUGUUCCUGUGUAUUAUGGAAAUUUUCCUCCAAGACCAGUGAUAAGCGGGCUGAUGAUGUCAAUUAGAGGACCUUGGCCGCAACACCUCAGAUUCCCAGUGAGACCAAGGGCACCUUUUUCUCCACAAUUUAUACAUCCAGAUUUUUAUCAGCCUGGAUUUCCUUACCCAGCCAUUCAGGAACUGCGCGGGGCCGCGGGGUCUGCGGUUGUCACUCAGGCGAGCAGUCAACCGUAAACAAACAUAAGCGGA